AUGCCGGUCAACGCCAAAGCCAUAUACUCCCGCUCCAAUGCGGACUAUGUCCCAUUUCCCAGUCGACGAAGUACCGUCCAUAGCACCAAGGGCAUCGUAUCAUGCACCCAACCACUAGCCGCUGUUGCGGGUCAUAAGAUCCUGAGCCAGGGUGGAAACGCAGCGGAUGCCGCUGUUGCUGUCGCCGCCGGGCUCAACAUGACUGAGCCUGGCUGCACCGGCAUCGGAGGUGACAUGUUCUGUCUCUUCUACAAUGCCAAGACAAAGAAGGUGCAUGCGCUCAAUGGCUCUGGUCGGUACCCUGGGAAUGCCAGCUUGGAGAAAAUCCGCAAGGAUCUCGGUCUGGCCCCUGGUGAGUCGGGCAACAUGCCCAUGCUGAAUGCUCUAUCUGUCACUACGCCUGGAGCGGCUGCAGGAUGGGUGGAUACAGUUGAGAAGUUUGGUAGUGGUAGGUUAUCGCUCGAGCAGAUUCUACAGCCUGCUAUUGAGCUGGGAGAAGAGGGGUUCCCUGUGUCGGAGAUUUCAUCUCAGGGUUGGAAUGAGGCCGAGGGAGAUAUCCGCAAUGCAUCUCCUAAUUUCCGUGAGAUGUUGAAAGUCGAUCCUUCAGCCAAAGAUGGCGUGCGACCCCCGCUUCCAGGCGAGAUCAUGAAGAAUCCCACUCUAGCCAAGACCUUCCGCGCUCUCGCUACAGAGGGCAAGAAAGGAUUCUACCAGGGCCGGAUCGCAGAAGCCAUCGUGAAGGUGGUGCAAGAUCAGGGCGGCUACAUGUCACUCGAGGAUCUAGCCUAUCAUGCCGAGAUCGGGACACAGGAAGUCGACGCGAUUUCACUCAAGUUCACUGGCCAGGACAUCGUCUCUAAAUCAGCAGCCGGCACAGAUGGCGAAGCCAACCAGGGCGUUGAGAUCUGGGAGCACCCACCAAACGGCCAAGGUAUCGUGGCGCUAAUGGCACUCGGCAUCAUGGAGGAACUCGAAAAAUCAGGCAAGAUCCCCAAGUUCACCGAGGCCCAGCAUAACUCAGCCGAGUACUUACACGCCGUGAUUGAGAGUCUGCGCAUCGCCUUCGCCGACGCAGCCUGGUGGGUCACAGACCCAGACGUGGAGCGCGUGCCUUCGCAGGGCCUACUCGACCCCGCGUACCUCGCAGAGCGGGCGAAGCUGUUCGCACCCGAACGCGCGGCGGAUAUCAUGGACCACGGCAGUCCGGCGCACAACCACUGCGACACGGUGUACUUCGCAGUGACGGACGGUGAGGGCAACGGCAUCUCUUUCAUCAACAGUAACUAUGCUGGGUUCGGAACGGCCAUCAUCCCUGCUGGCUGUGGUUUCACGCUGCAGAACCGAGGUGCCAAUUUCUCGCUGCAGGAAGGCCACCCUAAUGUCCUUGCUCCGCACAAGCGGCCAUACCACACUAUCAUCCCUGCCCUUAUCACUAAUAUCGCGGAUGGCUCCUUACACUCCGUUUACGGUGUCAUGGGUGGCUUUAUGCAGCCGCAGGGCCAUGUACAGGUUCUGCUCAACAUGCUUGCCUUCGGGUAUCAUCCCCAGGCAGCGCUCGAUUCGCCGCGCUUCUGUCUCGCUGCGCCGAAUGAUGAGAGUACUGACCGCACGGUGUGGGUUGAGGAGGGUAUUAGUGAUGCUGCUGUGGAGGGACUGCGUCGUCUUGGUCACAAGAUUGAGGUGUUGACUGGUUGGAAGCGGGCUAUGUUUGGUCGCGGCCAGAUCAUCCGUUCAUACCACGAUAAUGGGAAGCUGGUUUAUGCUGCAGGCAGUGAUCUUCGAGGCGAUGGGAUGGCGUUCCCUUUGCUGUAG